CUUUCGGAAAGCGAGGGAACAGUGCGCGCAGCGCUCCGCCCAGCUCCGUUCUGCUCCGCAGAGCCGGCGCUGCCAGGGCGCAGGGAGGGCGGCACUCGGCCCCAGUCUUCGCAAUCCCGCGCGCUCUCUCCGCCGUGGGACCUGGGUCCCCGCGCCGCUCCCCUGAGCCCCGAGCGCGCGGCGGGCGGGAGCCAGGUUGGGACUGGUGGUGAGGCAGGGAGUGAGGAGCGAGCGGAGUCGCGUGCGCCGGCGCGCAGCUCCGGGUCGCCCCAGCCCCAGCCGGGGGCCUGUGGCCCGGGGGAGGAGCUGUGCGUCCGCGACCCGUCGGGGACCGCAGCUGCUCGGCCGGAGUGCACGGGCCGAGUCUGCGCGACUACCCACGCGUGACAGGUCCCUGGAUGAGAAGGAGCUGACAGCAGCUGAAUUCCAUCUUCUCUGUGUGCUGGGGAGCAGGGCUACACGGCCCAGGUGGCAUCAAUGCCGAAGAACAGCAAAGUGACCCAGCGUGAGCACAGCAGUGAGCAUGUCACUGAGUCCGUGGCCGACCUGCUGGCCCUCGAGGAGCCUGUGGACUAUAAGCAGAGUGUACUGAAUGUGGCUGGUGAGACAGGCGGCAAGCAGAAGGCGGUGGAGGAGGAGCUGGACGCAGAGGACCGGCCGGCCUGGAACAGUAAGCUGCAGUACAUCCUGGCCCAGAUUGGCUUCUCUGUGGGCCUCGGCAACAUCUGGAGGUUCCCCUACCUGUGCCAGAAAAAUGGAGGAGGUGCUUACCUGGUGCCCUACCUGGUGCUGCUGAUCAUCAUCGGGAUCCCCCUCUUCUUCCUGGAGCUGGCUGUGGGUCAGAGGAUCCGCCGCGGCAGCAUUGGUGUGUGGCACUAUAUAUGUCCCCGCCUGGGGGGCAUCGGCUUCUCCAGCUGCAUAGUCUGUCUCUUUGUGGGGCUGUAUUAUAAUGUGAUCAUCGGGUGGAGCAUCUUCUAUUUCUUCAAGUCCUUCCAGUACCCGCUGCCCUGGAGUGAAUGUCCUGUCGUCAGGAAUGGGAGCGUGGCAGUGGUGGAGGCAGAGUGUGAAAAGAGCUCAGCCACUACCUACUUCUGGUACCGAGAGGCCUUGGACAUCUCUGACUCCAUCUCGGAGAGUGGGGGCCUCAACUGGAAGAUGACCCUGUGCCUCCUCGUGGCCUGGAGCAUCGUGGGGAUGGCUGUUGUUAAGGGCAUCCAGUCCUCGGGGAAGGUGAUGUAUUUCAGCUCCCUCUUCCCCUACGUGGUGCUGGCCUGCUUCCUGGUCCGGGGGCUGUUGCUGCGAGGGGCAGUUGAUGGCAUCCUACACAUGUUCACUCCCAAGCUGGACAAGAUGCUGGACCCCCAGGUGUGGCGGGAGGCAGCUACCCAGGUCUUCUUUGCCUUGGGCCUGGGCUUUGGUGGUGUCAUUGCCUUCUCCAGCUACAAUAAGCAGGACAACAACUGCCACUUCGAUGCCGCCCUGGUGUCCUUCAUCAACUUCUUCACGUCAGUGUUGGCCACCCUUGUGGUGUUUGCUGUGCUGGGCUUCAAGGCCAACAUCAUGAAUGAGAAGUGUGUGGUCGAGAAUGCUGAGAAAAUCCUAGGGUACCUUAACACCAACGUCCUGAGCCGGGACCUCAUCCCACCCCACGUCAACUUCUCCCACCUGACCACAAAGGACUACAUGGAGAUGUACAAUGUCAUCAUGACCGUGAAGGAGGACCAGUUCUCAGCCCUGGGCCUUGACCCCUGCCUUCUGGAGGAUGAGCUGGACAAGUCCGUACAGGGCACAGGCCUGGCCUUCAUCGCCUUCACUGAGGCCAUGACGCACUUCCCCGCCUCCCCGUUCUGGUCCGUCAUGUUCUUCUUGAUGCUUAUCAACCUGGGCCUGGGCAGCAUGAUCGGGACCAUGGCAGGUAUCACCACGCCCAUCAUCGACACCUUCAAGGUGCCCAAGGAGAUGUUCACAGUGGGCUGCUGUGUCUUUGCAUUCCUCGUGGGGCUGUUGUUCGUCCAGCGCUCCGGAAACUACUUUGUCACCAUGUUCGAUGACUACUCGGCCACCCUGCCACUCACUCUCAUCGUCAUCCUUGAGAACAUCGCUGUGGCCUGGAUUUAUGGAACCAAGAAGUUCAUGCAGGAGCUGACGGAGAUGCUGGGCUUCCGCCCCUACCGCUUCUAUUUCUACAUGUGGAAGUUCGUGUCUCCACUAUGCAUGGCUGUGCUCACCACAGCCAGCAUCAUCCAGCUGGGGGUCACGCCCCCGGGCUACAGCGCCUGGAUCAAGGAGGAGGCUGCCGAGCGCUACCUGUAUUUCCCCAACUGGGCUAUGGCACUCCUGAUCACCCUCAUCGUCGUGGCGACGCUGCCCAUCCCUGUGGUGUUCGUCCUGCGGCACUUCCACCUGCUCUCUGAUGGCUCCAACACCCUCUCCGUGUCCUACAAGAAGGGCCGCAUGAUGAAGGACAUCUCCAACCUGGAGGAGAACGAUGAGACCCGCUUCAUCCUCAGCAAGGUGCCCAGUGAGGCACCUUCCCCCAUGCCCACUCACCGUUCCUAUCUGGGGCCCGGCAGCACAUCACCCCUGGAGACCAGCGGUAACCCCAAUGGACGCUAUGGGAGCGGCUACCUCCUGGCCAGCACCCCUGAGUCGGAGCUGUGACCACUGCCCCAGUCCUGCCCACCUCUCCCCCCACGCUCAACCUGCCCACUUGUCCAGGCCUGGCCUCUUUCUUGAGGUGGCCACCAGGCCCAGGCCAGGCCCUUUGCCCAAGAAGAGAGGAUCUGCCCUGCCUCACUCCCCUCUUCAGUCCCAGUAGACUCUGCUCCCUAGCCCUGAGCAGGAGGCUGGGAGUAGCUCUGUUUCCUAAUUCAGGACCCCACUCAUCUAGCCCUCCAAGAGCCUCCGCCAAAUUGCAGCCAUGUAAUUGGAACAACCCAUCAGUCCUGCCUCCCAGUCCAUGGGAGAUUCCAAGUGGCCAUUGCAGGAGUCACUCACCUCCCUCUCUCCCUGUAACUUGCCACCUGCAGUUCUUAGGGCUGUGGGGUCAGAUGGUGGUGGUGAGAGGCCUUGGGGCUGGGGAAGGAGAGUGGACUUUGGCUCACUCUGCCAUGGGAACAGGACACCAUCCUGCCCAGCCCAGACGGGGUUGCUCCUGGCCCAAGAGGCUACCUGCUCGAAGGCGGAGGGUGGGAGCAGGUGUGCCAGGGCUCAGAGCUCAGACUUGGGAGGGCCUAGACAGAAGCCCCAAGUUCUGUUUUCUGAGGUAUGUGCUGCCCUUGGCUUCAGCAUGAGCCUUGGUAGCAGAAGGUGAGGAACCUCCUCUGCCCUGGUCCCUGGGUGGAAUCUUCCCAUGUCCUUGGCCCUGCCUGGGGUGUGUGGUGUGUGCUCCUGCAUCUUGUCUGGGAGUGCAGUGACCGGGACCAGAACCUUCCCCACCUCAAUUAGGGCUUAGCCAUCUCCCUGUCCCCAGCACCCCUCCCCAGCCCACAGUGGUGGCCUCUGCCUCUUUCCUGGAGAGAGAAGGACAGUGCAAGGAGAGGUUUCCAGAGCACAAAUUGUUGGUUCCUAGCACAAAUUAGAUGGUUUGGAGCACAAUUGUGAAGCACACUCCCCUCCCUCCUCACCUGGGGUCCAAUGUUCUGUCUAGUGGCAGCUUUUCCCCUGGAACAGGGGUCCCCGGAGUUCACGGGCUUAUCCCCAGGAAGCCUCACUCCUGCGGAAAGACAGAUAAUUUCACUGCCCCUUUGAGCCACCACUCACUCUCCUUAUUACACAAGCACAGCUGCCCAGUGUGCACAUCAUGUGCAGACACCUUGGAAACCUUUCCCAAGCCUUCCUGGCCCACAGUGGCCAGUGCCAUAGGCAGUGCUGUGGACAGUAGAGGCUGCCAAAGGCAAGGGCUGGUCUUCAGGAUGGAGGCCAGUCUGUGCAGAAGGCUGCAGCUGACAACAGCGACCCCACCUGCCAUUACCUUCAGGGCCUCCUCUGGAAGAGAACCCAUUCUCAGAGUGCAGCCAGGGAGGAACCUGACCCAAGAGUAAAUGUCUGCAGAGAGAUGGAUGGAUGGAUGGAUAGAUGGAUGGAUGGGUUGGGGAGUAGGGGUGGAUGGAUGGAUGGAUGGAUGGAUGGAUGAGUUGGGGGGUGGGGGUGGAUGGAUAGAUGGAUGGAUGGACGGAUGGGGUGGGGGAAGGAAGGAAAGGAGGGAGAAAGGAGGGAAUACUGGCUCUAUCUUUGAGAGCUCUGGUGGGCAGGGCAGAAACAGGCCACAGUGCUCAACCCGGACACCCUCACGAAGGGUCACAAGUCACUCUUGUGGCUCAGAUUGCUCUUAGGACCUGGAGGGACAGACCAGAAUCAGGGUCCCCUCCUUCACCCCCGAGUUCCUUACUGUUCCCCCAAGCCUGGGAGCGGUCUAUCCCCCAACCCUGCCAUCUCCCUUACUCAUCCCUCUUCCACACCUUCCCCUUUCUAGCCCCCUCUGCCCUACCUGUCUUUCCUGAGUGUUUGAGGGGAGAGAGAGACCCACAUCUCCCCAAAGAGAUGAGCUUUUGGGGCACAACAUCCCACCGUAGGCCCCCUCACCCGACAACACCUCCUACCUGGCCCCUUGCCAAAUCCCAAGCAGAAUUAGCAACAGGAAAAGCAGAGCCCCAGGAGAGACACUCUACUAUAUAUACUCUUCUAUAUAUUCUGUUUCUAUUGUAUAUUCACUCUGUACAUGUGGGUGUAAAUGCUGUUAAAUGACAAACCCAAUAUUAUACUGUGGCUGGUGGACUAUUUUCAUCCUCAGUGCUGUACAGAUCUAUUUUCAUUGUAUAUUUGAUAUAUUUUUAAUUUUGUAGCGUGUGGCUGGGCCAGGCCCCAGCGGGAGGGGCUGAGCUGGGGCUGUGUGCUUGCUAGGUGUGGGCGCGCUAGUGCUCGUUGUAGCCUUUUGCUGUGUCUUCGCUGUGUGUUAGACGUAGGGCCUAGAGCUCGGGGUGUGUGUGUGCGUGCUGUGUGUAUGGUGUGCACAUACGUGAGUGUGGGUGUGUGUAGCGUGCUGAUCUGUGACUCCCAGUGUUCACCACCUUCCUGAAGACCACGCUCCCUCCCCCUGCCUCCUCCUCCUCCUCUUGGCUCUAUCGGGAGCCUCAGGGCCGGCAGGGUGCCUCGGGAGCCCCCUGCUAUGGGGAAAGGCAUGUGUUUCUUGCUGGUGACUCAUUGCCUUCACACCACUGGGUUUGCCAGAAACAGGGAAGGAGGGCGUUAAGGGAAAAAAAAAAAUCCUCAAAUUUAUUUACCAGUCAGCUUCUUGCUGUUCCCAGUAGAAUCGCUAGCUCUUCUCCAGAGGAAAAGUACUAGGAUUCUUAAGAUGGCGAGACCCCAAGAGGGAUCUCAUAGCACUGCUGCAUUUGCCGUUGACGCAGUCCUGACAGUGUUUGAAAAGGGCCGCCUGCCCCCUCCCCACUGUGCUUUUGAUGCCUUUGGAGUCAAAGGCAGGUGGGGUCACCUGAUGAGCUAAGAUCCAGCCCCAGAAUCCUGGAGGAGCAGGAGGUAGCAGGAGAGGACCAGGUCCCCAAGUCCCUUCACAGGGUCCCCACCCCCACUGGCUUUGGUGCUGUCCACACAGUGCCCACCAGAAGGCAGAGGGAACUCCAGGGCAGGGAUGUGCCUGAAAGAGUCAACAGUCCCCUGAUCCCCUACCUGUGCCUGCCCUCCAGCCCCAUCACCAGCUUCUUGCUCAGGGAGCCUUCCGCCCUCCUCACUGAGGCAACAUGAAGCCCGAGGCCCAGAUGGGGGCUGAACAGGUAGGGCACAUCAGUUAAUGCCAGUGAGGUCGGCUUCUGCCCUCCAGCAAUACAUGUGCAGGGGUUGCUGCUUUCCCAGUGCCAGGAGAACCCCCGCUCCGAGUCAGCCUGUGUGGGUCAUGAGGCUGGGGCCCAGGAGACAUGGUCCCAGGCACUGCACAGGCCUGCAGUAUUACCAGGCAGAGGGGCUGCUUUUCUGCCCUUCCUCACCCCCACGCCCCACCCCACUCCCCCAGAGUACUCCCCACUGUGAAAAGAGCUGGAAACUAAACUGGUUAGAAUGAACCUGGCUCCCUGAGCAUCCCUGGAUCCUUCAAAUAGGCCCUGAGAUGUGAGGUCUGCUGCUUCACUGGGACCCCAUGACUUUGGCUGGGGGAGGGGUCCUAGGGCCUCUUCUCAUUGAAAGCUCUGCUUUGUACAGACCCAAGCAUACACACCAGGCCGUCACUUUGGGUUCUGGCAUAAGUUCAGAACAAUUCAAGUCCAUGUGUCCCAUGGCUGGUCAGAGCCCUGGGUCAAAACCACUCAGCCCAGGGGAGGGGAUGAGGCAUUGUCACCCUAGACCCCUCUUCCUCUCUCCCUCACCAUGGUGUGCAAUAAAGUGUCUGUUCUUACCAAA